UUCACGUUCUCUUGAAGAUUUUUUCAUUGGCACACUUUGACUAGUACAAGAGCGAAGGAAAACACUCAUCUUUCACCAGGGCCCGGGUGUGCUGGGGGUACUGUCGUUGGGGGACUCGCCGAAUCUCGUUAAAAAUCGUGAGCAAACCUUGUACCUCUUACGUUGUCUUGGAGUUUAUUGAGCUGACAUGACUUCAGCUGUAAACCAUUAACGUGCAUUUUUCCUCUUUCGAUAAUUAGAAGCUGUUGGUCACAAAAAUCGGAUUACGUUUUCACCAUUUUCAACAAAAUUUAAUGAUGAAACGAGGCCUCAUUAACAAAAUUAUUCACGAACAUCCCAACCCUUCGAUAUCCUGUAGAUAUAUAUAUAUCCUGUGGAUAUUCUGAUAGCAGUUCCCCCGGGUACCUUGAAAGCUACGUUUGCGAUUUGCCUGUUCUUUCGUGAUCUCUAACAACUCGUCUCCACAAUUUCACCGACACCACAUUCUUAGAAACCGCAUGUAAAAAAUCCCCAUCCUCAGUACGCCCAGUUUUAGUUUCAACAACCCGUUUGUGUUGAGCCCGUUCAUCGCAGAUAUCAUACUGGCUAGUAAUUAGUAAGUUUUGCAUGGUAUUUGUUUUGACAAGCAAUAAAUAUCUACAAACAACCAAGCAUAUUGUAAGGAAAACACUGGUCAGGUAACCAGACUCAAGAAAGUGGAAAGAGCUCGACGCACAAUGAAGCUUGAAAGGCAGGCAUUCGUUCAUGCGGCUGCUGUUUUAAGCCUUCUCACGGUGUCAGGAAACAGGCAAUUCAUCUCGUAUCAUGGCAACAGCAUUUCAACACAAGAAGGCAGAAAUUUGGUUCUCAAUUGGAAAUAUAAAUUAAAUUCAAACCGAGAAUCAGAGGAAAUGUCGUUUGGUAUAUGGAAUCCCCUUGGUAUAAUUAGCAGGAAACUGUUGAACGUGAAGGCGACUGAUAAGGUUUCUUCUCAAGGUCGCUUCACAUAUAAAGGACUCUUAUCACGUAAUUCGGGAUACAUAAACAUCACACUACAUAACGUGACCCGUCAUGAUGAGAACUUAUAUGGAAUACAAAUAUUCCUUAAAAUGUCAGCUGAAGGUUUUUCCUUUUUGCCACUCAAAGACUCCUUCACCUUAUCAGUGUAUGCAUUACCACGAAUUACACACAUAACCAAGAACAUGACAGUACAAGAGGGUUCUAUUGUGACUUUAACAUGUAAAGCACGUGGACACCCUAAACCAACUACCACGUGGUACCGUCACAGAAACUCUAUGAAACAGUCAGAAAACCUUUCACUAAAUGUAGGAUUCGACAGCCAGGGAAUGUAUGUUUGUAAAGCCGUGAAUCGCUAUGGAUCCGACCAACGAGCAGUUAUCAUAACGGUUAAAACUGUUUCGUUUGGUUCUGACAUUCUUAGCGACACAACGUCGAAAAGCAUAGCUCGUCCAGUAUCAAAGAGUGUAACUCGUCCAGUGCCAAAGAGUGUAACUCGUCCAGUUUCAAAGAGUGUAACUCACGGGACAUCAAAGAGUUUGACUCGUAUAUUGUCAAAGAGUGUAACUCGUGCGGCUUCAAAGAGUUCAACUCAUUCAGUGUCAAAGAAUGUCACUCUUUCAGUGUCAAAGAAUAUAACAGCAAAGAGUCCUCAGCUAUUGAUAUACAUUAUCAUCUUGGGUGUGGUGACUGUUGCUGCAGCUUUGGUGAUUGCUAUGGUUACGGUCAAACUUUGCGCAAGACAAAAACGAAAAAGAAAAGUCAAGAGCAAGAGAAUCAGCUCAAUACAGAAAUCUAUGAAAGACGAAGAUGAGUCCAGGGAGCAAAACGACACGGAUGAGUGUGAUCCUACGUCAUUCCCUGUAAGUCUAGAUGUCAUCGAGGGAGUUAGUCACUUUAGACAGUUUGAGCUUCCUUGUAUUAUUCAUCAUUCCUUAACACCUGCUAUGAUAUCAUUUGGACACACUACUGAAAGACAGCCAUCUCUACAACAUGUGGGAAUGUCACGUGAUAUGACAUCUUCUGCUGACGAGGGGGAAAAUAAAAUUCAUUUAUACGAAGAUAUAGAAUCCAUGCGAUCCCGUGUUACACACCAGGCCGCCGUAGCGGAGAACAUUCAGAAAAGGACGAGGAGACUGAAACCAAGUGAUGACCCUUCUAAAGACGUUGGGCGAAGAAGCUCUGAAAAAACCUCGACGUUGAUUUCUUUAUGUAUAGAUGCUUCUGAUAGUGUGGCAACUUGUAGCGGUAUGGCUAAGGGAAACUCCAAUUCCCAUUCCUUAACGGCAAAAGAUAUCUCAGACAAUUCUGGGUACUGGGACAAAGCAAGAAUGGCCAGGAAAUGUUUACCACAGGCAACACCAAGUGAGAUAGAGUCUAGGAUAUAUUCCAAACUAUGGGGAAAACAAAUUAGCACUGAGUGUGAAAAGAUCUCAAAAGAUAUCUCAGACAAUUCUGGGUACUGGGACAAAGCAAAAAUGGCCAGAAUGUGUUCACCACAGGCAACACCAAGUGAGGACGAGUCUAGGAUAUAUUCCAAACUAUGGGGAAAACAAAUUGUCGUUGAGUGUGAAAUUCCUCCUGCUAAUGUGAAGCUACUGAUGAGGAUUGGAUCGGGUUCGUUUGGUCAAGUAUGGAAAGGAUCGAUAUGCGGGAAGGCUGUUGCUGUCAAAAUGCUGAAUGCGGACGCGUCGCCAUUAGAUAAAAAAGACUUGCUUUCUGAACUUGAAGUGAUGAAGUCAUUAAAAACUCACCCGAAUGUUGUCAAACUCAAGGGAUGCAUCACUACUUCAGCUGUAAAGUGUAAUGGAGCGACAUUCUACCCUCCGAUGGUGUUCUUAGAGCUUGUCCCAUACGGUGAUCUGCUUGGUUACCUAAGAAAAGGGCGAGGUGAAGACGACACGUACUACAACAGUAGAGAAAUCAAAAGCCCUAAAGUCAUCGAUGCAAAGCAGCUGUUCAGCUUCUCUCUUGAUGUGGCAAGAGGAAUGGACUUCCUCUCUGAGAACAAGAUUGUCCAUCGAGACCUUGCUGCAAGGAACGUUCUUGUUGGUGAUAAACUUCGCUGUAAAAUCACCGAUUUUGGAAUGGCAAGAGUACUGAAUAACCAAGACAUUUACACUAAAAGAACAAAUGGCCUCUUGCCUGUGAAAUGGAUGUCACUAGAAUCUCUUCUCUAUCAGAAAUACACAACGAAGAGUGACGUCUGGAGUUUUGGAGUUGUUCUCUAUGAAAUAUUCACAUUAGGUGGUCGACCAUAUGCUGAUAUGAGAGGAAUUGAAGUCCUUGAGAUGAUCAAAAGUGGUAAACGGCUUUCAAAACCACCGCAUAUUUGUGACAAACUGUACACUCUAAUGCUUCAAUGUUGGUCUGCUAAUCCUUCCCGUCGUCCUUCGUUUUCGUCACUGUCCAACAUUAUGGCGCAAUUAGCCAAGGACACUCAGAAAUUCGUUAAUCUAAAGGAGUACAAUCAACAUUUGUAUGCCAAUAUCAGCACACUUGAACCACCGACCGUGGACGAUUUAUAGAAAGCUUCGAUACGACCGACCGUGGAAAUGUUUUUAGAAAGUCCGAAUACGACCGACCGUGGAAAUGUUUUUAGAAAGCCUCGAUACGAUCGACUGUGGACUGAUUUAUAGACUCGAUACGACCUAAGGCCUCAUUCAGGCUCCUUUGGCAACACACAGUAUUAUUUUGUAGCGAUUUGAAGGUGUUACGUUUCCUUCAAAAAGCUCGUACCUGAUAAACUCCAUGUGGACAAAUUGCGUUAUCUGCAGCGUUAUCUGUACAUAACAAGCAAGGCACGUAAUAUCGCGCAGCCCAAGAUGAACUAUAAACCGAGACAUUCUUGCUCACAUCCAUCAUCACUUUUUCUUUACACAAAAAAUUAAUCAACAAACUUGACAUUCUUCAUCCACCUCAUGAUCCCGAAAUGAAACGUCUUAAAAAACAAUAAAAUAACACGAGCUGAAAUUACUGUAGAGAUAUUUAUUAUAGAUUUGGAAUGUACAAAUGUUCAAGAUUAAUAAAAAGUCAUGGAUUCAAA